GAUCACAGAAGCCAUGGCGAUCAUGCGCUCCGGUGGUAUUUAAGACUGAAAGAUCAGGGGCCGCUCACGGGGAACUACAGUACAACAGAGCAGAGCAGAGAGAGAGAGAGAGAGAGAGAGAGAGAGAGAGAGAGAGAGAUAGAGAGAGAGAGAGAGAGAGAGAGGGGAGAAGAAAGUGAGUGUACUUCUACAGAGUAAAGAGAGGGGGAGUAGGAUAGAGAAAGAAAAACAACAAAAAGGACUUCACAUGUGAUGAGGUACUGAACUGCUGUGGUACACUCUCCAGUGUGUGGCUCUGCCUUUCGUGAAAGAUCUGGGCUGGACCUGAGGCUCUCUGAGAAGAAGCUGCUGUAUCUCCGUGUUGGUGUUGAUUGAGAGUGAGCCGAGCAUGUGGUGGCCUGUGGUGCUGGUGUGUGUGAGUGCCACGCUGGUGCAGUGCCAGUUCCCCAGGGAGUGUGUGACACCGGAGGGGCUGCGGAGUGGAGAGUGCUGUCCUUCUCCGCUAGGGAGCACCGACGACCCGUGUGGAGCCAGCCAGGGCAGGGGUGCGUGUGUGUCCAUCGCAGCUGACAGACGCCCCCAUGGGCCGCAGUACCCCCACGACGGACGGGACGACCGGGAGCGCUGGCCACUGCGCUUCUUCAACCGCACCUGUCAGUGUGCCGGAAACUUCUCUGGACACAACUGUGGACGCUGUCGGCAUGGCUUGGCCGGGCCCAGCUGUGAACAGCGCGUGACAGUGGUCCGCCGUAAUGUGAUGCAGAUGAGUGCAGCUGACAAGCUGGCAUUUAUCAAUGCACUGGACCAGGCCAAGCGCACCGUUCACCCAGACCUGGUCAUCUGCACACGCCGCUACCAGGACAUAUAUGGGCCAGAUGGCAACACACCCCAGUUUGAGAACAUCACCAUCUACAAUUACUUUGUGUGGACACACUUCUACUCUGUCAAGAAGACCUUCAUGGGGGCGGGGCAGCCCAGCUUUGGGGGAGUGGACUUCUCCCAUGAGGGCCCGGGAUUCGUCACCUGGCACAGAUAUCACCUGCUGCACCUGGAGAGAGACAUGCAGGACAUGCUUCAGGACCCGACAUUUGCGCUCCCCUACUGGAACUUUGCCAUAGGCGGCAGUGAGUGUGACAUCUGCACUGACGACCUGAUGGGAGCCCGCAGCAGCUUUGCAUCUAAUGGCCUCAGCGCCAACUCUGUCUUCUCCCAAUGGAGAGUCAUCUGUGAGAGUGUGGACGACUACGACACCAUAGGCACCAUCUGCAACAACACUGAGACCAGUCCCAUCCAGAGGAACCCUGCCGGUAAUGUGGCUCGGCCCAUGGUGCAGCGUCUGCCCGAACCCCAGGAUGUGGUGGACUGCCUGGAGCUCAACGCCUUUGACACGCCGCCCUACUACUCCACAUCGUCUGAGAGCUUCAGGAACACCAUAGAGGGCUACAGUGCCCCUCAAGGGGGAUAUGAUCCCGUGGUGCGUAGUCUGCAUAACCUGGCCCAUCUAUUCUUGAACGGCACAGGGGGUCAGACGCACCUCUCCCCCAAUGACCCCAUCUUCGUUCUGCUGCACACCUUCACUGACGCCGUCUUCGAUGAGUGGCUGAGACGACACAGUCCUGGUGAGGUGGUGUACCCAGAAGAGAACGCUCCUAUUGGACACAAUCGGCAGUUUAACAUGGUUCCAUUCUGGCCGCCUGUGACCAACGCUGAGAUGUUUGUGGCAGCUCCAGACAACCUGGGAUACACCUAUGAGGUCCAGUGGCCCACUCGUCCCUACACCCUGUCUGAGAUCAUCACCAUAGGGAUUGUUGCCGCCGUGCUGGUGGCGGCCGUGUUGGGUGCAGUCGUCGCGUUUGCGGUGCGAGCGAGGUCCACCGAGGGCCUCGAGCCGCUACUGGGGGAACAGUUCCGCCGCUACUCGGAGGAUGUACGGCGAGUGGAUAAGAUCCAGUCAGUGGUCUGAGGGUGUCGGGGAGGUUGUCUGUAUUCUGCUUUUUUAAUUAUUAUUCCUAAACCCCUUCUGGGGAAAUAAAGUUACACUGGUUUUAAAA